AUGUCUCCGCUCGCCGCUCGCGUCCCCGCGACCUUCAACCAUGACAUGCAUGCUGCGCUGUGCACGUUGAAUGACUCAAACUGGUCACCUGAAAGCGAAGGGCGUUCAUGCAACUUCCUCCGGGUCCUUGUCACCGGGCAUGUGAAUAUGCUUAGGCUCACAACGCUGCACAAGUUCGUGCAGGACAGCCUCAUGUUCUCGAGCCUCGAUGCAGAGAAGAAGCACGCGUUCGCCACACUAAGCGCUGCUAACUGCUAG